AUGGAACUCGAUGACGGCGAGAAGGUCCUCUGCGCAUUAGCAAAAUACUGCUGCAAAAGCCAAAUCGGUCCUCAACUCACGUAUAUCACAAGUGAAAGAAUCGUCUCAAGACUCAACAUCUUGGUAGGAAACGAAAAAGACAACUUUUCUCGGCUGCAAGAGAUCAAAGGCUCUAUCGAGAGUCUACAAACUAUUAGCGACGUCUGCAGCCUGCGAGACUCUAUCAAAGGCGAUAUCCAGAAGCUUUUACUCAUACCCCAACGUUCGCUUAAACACCUUGCUCAGAGGUCUAUUCUCAGAGCACUUGAAUUCGACACCAUGUACUACUGCUAUGACACGAUUUGCGACGCGCAUGAAAAGACGUUUCGGUGGAUAUUGGCCGAUGAUUUUGAGGAAAAAUGUAACGAAACAAACCUCAAGGCCGACGCUACUUCCGCUCUGGCGGAAGACAACGCGCUUGUGAUCUGUACAGGAGUUGACGGGGAUGACUUCCCACUGCUUGCCAGAGAAAUCCCACAUGGCCCAUAUCAGAUUCCGUCAUCAAAAUGCCUUGCCACUUGCGAAGAGCGCCGACACAUCCGACAGAAGCUUACGCGGUGGCUAUCUUCAGGCAGCGGGGUGUUUUACUUCUCGGCUAAGCUCGGAGCUGGAAAGUCGACUGUGAUGAAGAAGAUAAUCAACCAUGGUGAGAGCCGAAAGCGGCUUGAUACUUGGGCAGGCGAUAAGACUCUGGUUUGUGCCAAGUUCACGUUCUGGAACUCUGGGAGCGAGCGGCAAAGGUCCAUCUCCGGCUUAUAUCUCGGGCUGCUCCAUGAAGUUCUCUCAGCUCAUCCUGAUCUCACACCCCAUGACCUUCCCUCGUUCUGGGAGACGGUGUACACAUCCUCUUGGCCCGCCGGUGAACGAAUGCACAUUUCGCCGUCCCAAGCCUUACAAGAUCUUGACCGACUCUUUCGAGGGAGCGACAUAAGUCAGAACUACCGCUUUUGCCUUUUCAUCGACGGUCUAGACGAGCUUCAUGAAACGACAAAAUGCUCGUAUUCUGAUCUGACUGAGAUGAUCUACCGCUGGUCUUCCCUUACAUCUCGACUUACAAGAAAUGGAUCCAGCACAUAUUUCAGUGACGUACCCGCAUUGAAAGAUUGUUUUUUUAGCCUACGCCCACGACAGAUCAUUGAGCUGUCGUCUUUCGAGAACAAAACCCGGCUUCUUCACCUACUCGAUGAGAUAAAUGGCAAGCCAGAAGCCAAGCUUCAAAGAGGACAAGAGGGAAUCAACGAAGAUGAGCCUCGGUCCUUACCCUUAGGCGAGAACCGGAAUACUGGGCAUGAAGCGGUCAACGACGGAAUCGGUGUGGCACUUGAGCAUCUGGGAAAGCGAGCCAUCCUGCCGAAACUAUUCGCGCAUGUUUUCAUCGUUCGUUUCGCUGCCACGCUGGUCUCAGUAUGGCUUCUGAGCCAGCUCUUUGAACUCGCUUUGAGACAGAUUCAUGCUUGA